CUAGGUAGACGGCGGUCUUCGGCGAACAACCACCGCCACUCAGUGACUAUCAGAGUGCUCAAACGGAUAUAAUAACAUGUAUCGCCCACGACCAAUCCUAAAAGAAAAUGCCACGAGCACGCCGUCGAAGCCCCUCCAAGCCGGCACCCCCGGAAGCUCUAUCGACCGGCUCUCGAGACCUUUCAAAUGCCCAGGGUCGGCUACUCCUACGCGUACAUCAGACAAGCCUGCGAGAAAGAGAAGGAAAGUGAACUAUGCAGGGGCAGAUGGAGCGGGUGACGAGGACAAUGAAAAGCCGUACACAAAUGAGGAUCGUCUCGCGCUCGCCACCAGGGAUGUGAACCGAUUCCCUGUCUUCAAACCCAAAGAUAAGGAUACAGCGUUCCGACAGAGAUUCAAAGUACCUCUCAUCAAUAAGCAGUCCGACAAUUUCGGCGCUCGGCCGGCCCCGACGCUAGGAAUGAGGCAAGGUGCUACGUUCGUUGUGAAACCGUUACAUGACCCAAGUGGCGAGUUUGCGAUAGUGCUUUACGACCCGACAGUCGAUGCUGUGGAAGAGACAGAGGCCAAAAAGGAAGAACAAGGGGAUGCAGAUGCUGAGAAGCCUCAGCUGGACGAACCGCUGGUGCACAAGAGCCUGGCGGAUAUCCUUGGGCUCAAGAAGAAGGUUGAAGACAGGCCAAAGGUGCCCGUUGUAAUAGAUCCGCGGCUGGCGAAGGUUCUACGACCGCAUCAGGUGGAAGGUGUCAAGUUCCUUUAUCGAUGUACAACCGGAAUGGUAGACAAAAAUGCGAAUGGGUGUAUCAUGGCCGAUGGUAUGGGUCUGGGUAAAACGCUUCAAUGCAUCUCAUUGAUGUGGACAUUGCUCAAGCAGUCCCCGGAGGCCGGGAAGACCACUAUACAAAAGUGCAUCAUCGCCUGCCCAUCCAGUCUGGUCGGAAACUGGGCUAAUGAGCUUGGGAAAUGGCUCGGAAAGGAUGCAACCACUCCAUUUGCAGUCGACGGCAAGGCCUCGAAAACCGAGCUCAUUGCUCAAAUGAAGCAAUGGGCCAUCGCCUCUGGCCGCUCGGUCGUCAGGCCGUGCCUGAUCAUCUCCUAUGAGACUCUACGCUUAUACGUCGAUACACUGAGAGACACCCCGAUUGGUUUGCUACUAUGCGACGAAGGUCACCGAUUGAAAAACAAAGAGAGUUUGACUUGGACUGCACUCAACAGCUUGAACGUACAACGACGGGUAAUUUUGUCUGGUACUCCAAUCCAGAACGACCUAUCAGAGUACUUUUCACUUCUUCAUUUCGCGAACCCGAAUCUGCUGGGCUCACAAAACGACUUCAGAAAGAGGUUCGAGUUACCAAUUCUCCGAGGAAGAGAUGCCGCCGGCUCAGAAGAAGACCGGAAGAAAGGAGAUGAACGGCUGGCCGAGCUUUCGGGCAUAGUGAACAAGUUUAUCAUUCGCCGAACGAACGAAUUAUUGUCCAAGUACUUGCCAGUCAAGUACGAACAUGUCGUGUUCUGCAACAUGUCUCAAUUCCAACUCGAUCUUUACAACCACUUCAUCCAGAGUCCAGAGAUCAAGAGCUUGCUCAGGGGCAAAGGGAGCCAACCUUUGAAGGCCAUUGGACUACUGAAAAAGCUUUGCAACCAUCCUGACCUUCUCAACCUCUCCAUGGACCUUCCGGGCUGUGAACACGCAUUUCCUGAUGACUAUGUUCCUCCGGAAGGCAGGGGACGCGAUAGGGAUAUCAAAUCUUGGUAUUCAGGCAAGAUGAUGGUCUUGGACCGUAUGCUGGCACGGAUCCGCCAGGAUACAAAUGACAAGAUUGUUCUGAUUAGCAAUUAUACCCAGACGUUGGAUCUCUUUGAGAAACUCUGCCGAUCACGGGGAUACGGUUCCCUACGAUUGGACGGUACUAUGACCGUGAACAAGCGGCAGAAGCUUGUCGACAAGUUCAAUAACCCCGAUGGGGAAGAAUUCGUUUUUCUACUGAGCAGCAAAGCAGGUGGAUGUGGUCUGAACCUGAUAGGUGCGAAUCGCCUGGUAUUGUUCGAUCCCGAUUGGAAUCCCGCAGCCGAUCAACAAGCUCUGGCCCGUGUUUGGCGUGACGGCCAGAAGAAGGACUGCUUCGUUUACCGCUUCAUUGCAACUGGCUCAAUCGAAGAAAAGAUCUUUCAACGUCAAUCACACAAACAACUGCUUUCUUCGUGCGUCGUGGACUCCGCCGAGGAUGUCGAGCGACACUUCUCUCUUGAGUCUCUGCGUGAGCUGUUCCAAUUCAAGCUGGACACUCGCAGUGAUACACAUGAUACUUUCAAGUGCAAGCGUUGUCGGCCGGAUGGGACACAAUAUAUCAAAGCCCCUGCCAUGCUGUACGGUGAUACCAGUACUUGGAACCAUUUUGUGAAUGACGGAGAGAAUGGUCAUCUCAGCAAGAUCCAGGACUUGCUGAUACGACAGGAAACGGGAGAAAGAGACGUAUCUGCGGUCCUCUGCGAGCCCGAGUCGAGUCACCAUCGCCUCACCGCCCAGCCUAGCCAGACGACGCUUGCACACCAUGAAAAUUAUCUAAAAAUCGGCCCCCGGAGCUUAAUCAAUCGGCUCGAGAAGGUUGUUCGCGAAGCCGCAUUCAGAGGCGAGCACGAGGAGAUCCAGAAGAUCGUUGACCAGCUCUGCCACGAUUAUGCCUACGCCGUGCAUCAGCCUCAUGCCCGAAAUGGCGGGUUGAUCGGGCUGGCUGCCGCAUCCAUAGCUUUAGGAUCUGAGGGUGUUGCACCUUAUUUAAAGGAAAUCGUACCGCCGGUGCUGGCUUGCUUUACAGACCAAGAUGCGCGCGUUCGGUAUUAUGCAUGCGAGAGUAUGUACAAUAUCGCGAAGGUUGCGAAAGGGGAGAUUCUGCUCUUCUUCAAUGAGAUUUUCGAUGCAUUGAGCAAACUUGCCUCGGAUUCCGAAUUGUCGGUCAAAAACGGUGCAGAGCUUCUGGACCGACUUGUCAAGGAUAUUGUCUCCGAAUCCGCUGCCUCUCAUGUCUCCGUUUUGCAGCUCAACGAAAAGCAGCAGACAGAUCCAGAAUCUUUGGAGGAUGCGGAUCUACCUACUGCAUUUUCGCUUCCGAAGUUCAUCCCCUUGCUGAAAGAGCGCAUCCACGUCACGAGUCCUUUCACACGAACAUUUCUGGUCUCAUGGCUUACUCUCCUGGACACGAUACCUGACCUAGAGUUGAUUUCGUUUUUGCCGGACUUUCUCGGAGGGUUGAUCAGGUUUCUUGGAGAUCCGAAUCGAGACGUCAACGUCGCGACUCAGGCACUUUUAGAUCGCUUUUUGUCAGAGAUCAAGAGAAUUGCUCGUCUCAAGAAGGGCAUUGAGGAGAGCCGCAAAGAUCAAGGAAGUGACAUCAGGCAAUCAACUACCAGCGACGGCCUCAGCGUCACCACGACGACCGAUCAGACUCUAGCCGUCGAAUCGGAGACAAAUGAUAAUGCGAUAGAGGAUUCUGAGGUGGAUUCCAUCACCGACGAAGAUGGAUUUAAUGCGGAUGGGGACUGGAUUCCAGGUCAAGACGUCCAAAUCGACUAUGCGAGAAUAUUGGAAAUUCUAGUAGGAUAUGUCGAUACAUCAUUCGUGGAAGAAAUGCAAUUGACGGCCUUGCGCUGGAUCGACAAUUUCUUCGAGAUCAGUCCUGAAGACAUUCUUCCUUUUGUGCCUCGCCUCUUGACACAAGUACUUCCGGCGAUGUCCAGCGGCUCGGAUCAGGUGCGGCAGGCCGCAAACCGAGUGAAUACAUCUCUACUGGAGUACAUCGUCACCUUAUCAGAAGACACAUCGGAGGAGACCCGGCAACCUCUGCCUAAGCCCAGUAACACAAAUAGCAAAGACAUCGUGGUCGAAAGGAGGUCAUCCACACCCUGCAGUAGGCCCAACGAAGGCACGUCCAGCGACACCAAGAAGCAGGCUUCGCCAGCCGAGGGGUCUACUGAGCCGACUCCUAGGAGUAGUAUCAUUUUCACAUCCGUGCCUCCUGCAGAUCUCGAUUAUGCCGCUGCUGUCAACUCUCUUACUCUGCAAUUCCUGAAUGAGAAUGAAACUACAAGAGUCGCUGCGCUGUCUUGGCUAAUUAUGCUACACCGCAAGGCCCCAAAGAAGGUGAUCGCAUUCAAUGACGGGACGUUUCCUGCGCUGCUGAAAACACUGUCCGACCCGGCGGAGGUGGUGGUGACCAAAGACCUGCAGCUUCUCUCGCAAAUUUCCCGGAAUAGCGAGGAUAGCUACUUCAAAUCUUUCAUGGUGAACCUGCUACAGCUCUUUUCGACCGAUAGAAACUUGCUUGAAGUUCGUGGGAACCUUAUUAUUCGGCAGCUCUGCAUGAACCUUAGCCCUGAGCGCAUCUAUAGGACUCUUGCUGACUGUCUCGAGAAGGAGGAGGACAUCGAGUUUGCCAGCAUCAUGGUGCAGAAUCUCAACAACAACCUCAUUACCGCGCCUGAGCUUUCCGAGCUUCGUAAGCGUCUGAGAAACCUAGAUAACAAGGCCUUUUUUGUUGCUUUAUUCAGGUCGUGGUGCCAUAAUGCCGUCUCAACAUUUUCACUGUGUCUGCUCGCACAAGCGUACGAGCAAGCAUACAAUCUGCUUCAAGUCUUCGCCGAGCUCGAAAUGACCGUCAACAUGUUGAUCCAAAUCGACAAGUUGGUGCAGCUGCUUGAAUCCCCCGUCUUCACCUACCUCCGUCUCCAGCUCCUCGAACCAGAGCGAUACCCAUACCUAUACAAAUGCCUCUACGGAGUCCUAAUGCUCCUCCCACAGAGCUCCGCGUUCGCGGCCCUGAAGAACCGCCUUAACAGCGUCAGCAGCAUCGGCCUCCUGCACACCGGCCCGCGACUAACCGCACUCCCCUCCUCCCUAACCACAAACUCCACCUCAACCUACGACCGCCCGACCGGCAGCAGCCGCCUCAAACGCGAAGACUCCUCCAGCUCAACCUACACGACGGCCUCCGCCGCGGCAGCAGCAGCAGCCGCAUCAUCCGCGCCAACGGCCUCAAUCCGCUGGGUCGAACUCCUCGACAAAUUCAAAUCCGUCCAGGAAAAAGCCCGGCGCGCGCAACGCGCCUCGCAGCGCCCACUGGAUCACGACCCAUUGCUCCUCGGCACCGGCAGCGGCGGCCCCGGCUCCGCAAGGGGCCCAGGAGCAGGCGAUCCCCGCGGUAAAGACCGCAGCAGCGCUAUUGCCGCAAUCCUACCUGAUGUCCCGCGAGGCGGCGCCGGGGGUAGCACUGGUCUUGGUAUUGGUGGUGGAGACGGGACACGUGGAACAGGUGGGCCCGAUUCCUCUGCGGGCGCGGCCGGCAUGGCUGGCGGGCCUGGGGGUACUGGUGGUGGUGGUGGUGGUGGUGGUGCGGGAGGACCUGGCGGAGCGGCGGCGGCGGCGGCGGCUGGGGCUGGUGGUCGCGCUGCGCUCGGGCAUCGGCAUAAAUCCAGCUUGCCGAAUCUAGGGCGUCUGGGUAUCGGGAGUAGGAAGUCGAAACGGUGAUUGUUUCAGGCGGGCCGAUGGCGAUUUUGGUUGAAGGGGUGGAGGCGUCCGUUUCGGACGAUGGGGGAGGAUUGUUCGAGAUCGGUUGCUGGGUGGUUGUAGUAUACGCUGGUCGCGUGGAGGUGCUGGAGCGCGUCUGUUGACCUCCCUCCCUCCCCAGGCACGGGGAUAUACUCUGGCUAUGUCUAAGGCUUUCCGCUAGAUCCAUGAAUAUCAUUAGACAAUCGCUAUCCGAG